CCCAUCUUGACUCGAUUCUGAAUACAUUCGCGAUUCAUCUAUCAUCGUGCAGACAACUUCGUUAACACUUGUCUGACAUUAUUGUGCCUAUGGACGUCUGUGCGACGUACGAACGAAAGCUUCUUGACAAGCAGAUAUCGCCUCCGCUCGCAGCUAUCCUAUCGCUUGCUGGGCUAUGUGCGGCAAGCACUGCUGGAACGAUGUUCGAGCUAGUAAAAGCAUUGAAUGAGGGCGCAGAUGCGCUCAAGAACCAUCCUAAUCCCAUCAGUUUGAACGGCCUUAACGCUGGUUGCGAACUGUUCAUAGCUUUUGUUACCCUCUUUCCCCAUGAUUUUGCACGAUUUUCCGAUCUCAAAAUGGAGCUGAUGAAAGAGGGUGAAGCGUACGUUCGACAGGCCCUCACCUAUCGACGGAAGAUUGGGGAGCUCGCGGUUGAUUUCAUUAAAGAUAACUCUGUGAUUUUGACGCAUUCGUAUUCCAGAGUGGUCAUGGAGACUCUCUUACUAGCUCACAGCAAGAAGCGCAUCUCUGUGUUCGUUACUGAAGCACGACCCCGAGGACUUGGAAUGAAAACUGCCGAUGCUCUUACUGCGGCCGGGAUUCCCUGCACUGUCAUUCUAGAUUCAGCGGUGGCAUAUGCUAUGGAAAAGGUCGACCUGGUGCUGGUUGGUUCGGAGGCUGUCGUGGAGAGUGGUGGGCUCAUCAACGCUAUCGGGUCUCUCAACAUCGCCAUCAUCGCUAAAGCGGCGAAUAAGCCGUUCUAUGCACUGGCGGAAAGCUAUAAGUUCCACCGGCUUUUCCCGCUGUCGCAAUACGAUCUGCCUAGUCAGACUUCCGCGAUCCUGUCUUUCCGAUCGCCAGAGCAUGUCUCUGAGAAGAACGUGCCGGCCGAGUCAGGGACAUCUGCAUCCAUCACACCCGAGGACAUUGCCAAAAAUAACCCAGAUGUGGACUACACCAGACCGGAUCUCAUCUCUCUUGUCUUCUCCGAUCUAGGCAGCUUGACACCGUCUGGUGUGAGCCAGUAUUUGGUCGGCAUGUUCGCCGGAUAAUCUGCGGGGCGAAACUCGUUGGGAAGCGUGGCGGGGUGUUAAUCGAUUAAGGGGAAACAUGAAGUACUCGAAGUGAUGCUGUGGAAUAGUUGCAGGCAUAUGCCAAGUGCGAUGGGGAUCUGCUUAUUGGAGAGGCAUGUGGCCGGCAGAUGCAUUGGCAGAUCUGGCUUGCUAGCGCCAUACGGAGAACGGAUGGGUCGUAUGUAAACGAGCCAACAACAGAAAGGUGCCGCGGAGGCAAAUCCAAAAAGCCCACGGUACCGCUAACGCCUGAGAAGAUGUGCAUUUGAUCUCGGCUAAAGUUUUACAAUUUAUAUAGCAGACUGACUACGACCAACAUGCGAGGUAUCUGAUGAGAACGAUUCUCAGAAGGAGCCAACCACCGGGGAUUUUGGUCUAUUACCAACGCGAUUCUCUUCUCGAGGCAAGUAUCCAGCAUGAUCUCGGACAGUGCACAUCAAACGCACCUCAGUGAUACCGAACCCGUAUAAAAACAAAGAGCAUUCUUUUGGCAGCUCGCUAUUCCUCCAGCAGUAUUCUCGUCCAGAUGUGCCGGUGGCGCAGGUGAGUCUCCGUGUCAUGCUUCCUUUGCUCCCACACACGAUUCGACCGACUCCAGGGUCCAGCAUCAUUACACAGGCUGCCCACAUAUCUAUGAAAUUGUAUGUUUAAAUCUUUCUCUCGUAUCCCGAGCAUUAUAUUGACGUUGGAGCCAAGCCGCAACAAGAGGUCCGUUCUCCGCCCGGAUCUGCUUCGUUCUCCCAUUGAGAUUGCCCAGAUACAAUGUGAGAGCACUCAAUGCCGCUUCAGUCCCAACCAUCCAAGACACUGCGGUCCCUCGUGCACAACCAGUUCGUCCCUCCAGCCAGCCUCCCUCGUCGGCCGAUGCUCACUUUCUGCGAUGCAGCAUGUUGGCAGUAGUGAGUGGCGUGUUGUGUCACGGAAGUGUGCUGACCGGCCCGUGAAACAGCCAUCAGUUCCCUGAAUCAUACAGUCCGUUACACAUCUCAUCCGCGGAAACAGAUUGACGAGCCGAGACCAGAUCGGACGUUCCAAGGAAAAUGUCCGCAAUGCAUCAGAGAGGGGAGAUGAUAGUGCGGAAUGAAGAACGAGUUUGGCUCCGUGAUUUGUGAUCGCUGUAACCGUAGAGAAUGUUGUAAGUAUGUGCAUAAGUAAUCGUACAAUAGCGCGCGCAUGGACGGCGAGUUGCCAAGUGACCAAUGACGUCUGCAGUCUGCCCACAGAUUGAUGAUUAUCGAUGGCCGGAGGUCAGAUGCCCCAAGAACUGACCUCAAUUGGUGUUAUCGGUCAGCAAGCAACACACUCCUCCCGGAGUUACGCGCCUGAAUGUCUGAUCAACCCACCGUAAAAAUCUUCUUCUCCCAGCCUAACUUUGGCAGCCACCUCUUCGAUCGAUGACAUCAAGACUUAGGCACGUCACGCGUAUCUCGUGACCGUGAAGCCUUUCUCAUGCACACCAACCAAUGGCUCUUCCCUUUGCAUGCCCUGCAGUCAACGCCCACUCGUUGGCCGCUCGAGAAGGAGUUGUAUGAUCGUGCGCGAGGAGUCGAAUUUCUGUUCCGGCUGGGAACAACUCUCAGCUUG